AUGGUGGCCAACAACACAUCACACCUCUCCCCGAAGUGUGUCACUUCCACAGGUACCUUAAACGUGGUUGUCUCAUACCUCUUUUUCUUCGAGUUCCCCAUUGCAUUACUGUUGAACGGCGUAGCAGCAUGGGUUUCUUUGCACAUCCGCUCCACUUCAACUUUCAUCGUGUACUUAAAAAACCUGGUGGCUGCCGACCUGCUCAUGACUCUGACGCUGCCGCCCAUGGCAGCGAGCAUGCUUCCUGGAGCAGCCGUCGGGCUGAGGGUGUUCGCCUGUCGUUAUUGUAACGUAAUCUUCUACAGCUCCCUGUAUGCGGGUAUCACUUUAAUGGGUCUGAUCAGCCUGGACCGAUUCUUCAAAAUCGUAAGACCAUGUGGAAAAGUGCUGGGACAGAAUGUGACGUUCAGUCUGGUGAUGUCCACUUUGGUUUGGGUGGUGUUAUUAGGCACCACGGUCAUCCCAACCAUCAUUCUAACCAACAGUAACCCUGUUAAUGACUCAAGAGAUUUCUGCAUGUCCCUGAAAAGUCCAGCUGGUGAGAAACUUCACGCAUUUGUGGUUUUAUUCAUGGAGGCUCUUUUCUGGUUCAUCAGCGUAUUGAUCGUAUUUUGCUACAUCUGCAUCACCGUGAAGGUCCUGCAGUCCUUCAGAAGCUCCGGGAGCAACAACAGCCAAGGGAAGAAGAAAACCAAACUGCGAGUCUUCUUGAUCCUCCUGGUGUUUUUUGUGUGUUUUGUGCCCCUCCACAUGAUUCGCAUUCCUUUUACAAUACAGGAACUCUCUUCCGGUUUUGUCUGCGAGGAAAUGUGGUUGGACGCAGCUCAUCACAUAGUCCUGUGGAUGUCAACCACAAACAUUUGUCUGGACCCUCUUCUCUACAGCUACCUGUGCAAAGAGUACAGAGACAAACUGGUCAACAUGCUGAAAGCUGCAGGGAUCCGUGUUGGGUUGGAUUCAGGGGGAAAUGAGGAUGUUUCCUGAGAGAAAAAAGUCAGAGAUUGAUCUUAAAAUGAAA